GACCCGGAUGGACCAUUUCGCUAUGCAGUCUCAGACAGGGAGACAGUGCAACAAUGGGGUAUAAACAGUCAACCCGCAUUUACACGAGAUUUUAGAGAUUCUUCAUCUCUCUUUUUCUUUCUCAAAACACAAAUCUGGACUUUCGAUCAACAACAAAUUGUACGAUAUCAGGGAUCGAUCGAUCGGUUGGAGCACAAGGAAAAGGAGAAGUAGACUGCUUGACUGCUUGAAGAAUAUUACAUAUCACAAUGUCGAUGUCUGAUUCCGAUUCGUCGUCUCAGGGCGGAGAGUACAAGAACUUCCGGCAAAUUAGCCGUGACAGAUUGUUGUAUGAAAUGCUUCGAUCGGCCAAAACAGGUGACUCAAAAUCAAGUUGGAAGGUACUCAUAAUGGACAAGGUAACUGUUAAGAUAAUGUCUUACUCGUGCAAGAUGGCAGAUAUCACCGAGGAAGGAGUUUCAUUGGUGGAAGACAUACACAAGCGAAGGCAGCCUCUUCCAACCAUGGAUGCCAUAUAUUUCAUCCAACCAACCAAAGAAAAGUAAUGACUUCCCCUUUUCUA